CAGAAAUCUAUCGUCGGCGCUGUGUAGCUUGCCUGACUGGCAUCCAAACGGACGGAUACCGUGGCCCCUGUUAACCAGUCUGCUUGGUUCUCUGGACGGGUCAAUGGACAGCAGAGACAGACGGCUGCUGGCCUGCAGCUGCCGCCAACUACAUAUUACAUAUCUUUUUCGUUGAGCACCGUACGGCGAGCACUCGGUGCAUCAGGCCACAGGCUCGACGUCUUGGGAUUUGAGCAACAAGACACUGGGAAGUGGAAAGGGAAUUUGCCGUCCAGAUCCAGUUCAGUCGGCACCAUAAUACUACUACUUCAGGUAGAGACUGAUUCCCGACUGGCGGACAGGGACAUCGCUUAACGCCGAGCGAUACCGAACAUGUCUGCAUCAGCUGUAGUGGGUGCGGCUCGUUCUGGCAUAGCAGCAGCAGCCGCUCCGCAGCAGAUCAGCGCUCACUUCUAUCGCGGCGGCACCUCUCGCGGCCUGUUCCUCCGAACGCAAGACUUCGCUGCGUACAAUUCGAGGCAGAGGGAUGCUAUCAUUUGUGCUGCCAGCUCGCCCGACCCAGACGGACGGCAAAUAUCCGGUCUAGGCGGUGGUGUCUCGUCGCUCUCCAAAUGUGCCAUCAUUGGCUCUCCGGGUGAGGGCAUCUCACCGUUCUACCCUGCAUUUCCAGGUCACCGCCACAUCGACGAUGUCGAAAAGAGCAAGGACCCUAGAAAUGGAUGGGAUGUCGUCUACCGCUUCGGGCAGGUCCCGAUUCAGGGCACGGAAAUUGACUGGGGGAGCACAUGUGGCAACCUGGUAGCUGCGGCAGCCAUGUUUGCAAUCGAUUCUGGCUCGAUCACGCAGAAUACCCUUGAAGCGUUCGCCAAAGAGCCAAAGGGCAGUUAUGAUGGCAUGUAUCCGAUGCGCAUAAUCGCUGCCAAUUCAGGCAACAUCGUCACCGCCCACAUCCCUCUGCAUCGCAUACAGUCACGCUCGCUUCCAGAUUAUGGUCCAAAUACUGCGCCAUCCCACAGCAUUCAUCAUUUCUUACAAGCAGCGCGGACAGGCACAGCACGCAUAGCCGGCGUACCCGGCUCCUACGCUCCCAUUAGCAUCGAGACGCCGCUGCCGGACCGCGCCUCCAUCCUCCCGAGCGGGUCCGCACGGAACCAAAUUAACGUCGCAUUCGAUGACGGCAGAUCGACCGCAAUAGAUGUCAGCCUGGUCGACUGUGGCUUGCCCGUCAUCUUCGUCUCCGCCGCAUCGCUCUUGAUACCGCUGGACCUGCUCAUGGCACACCCUGCCGAGCUCGACGCACAUGCUCUCACAAUGAGGCUGCUUGAGGCGGUACGGCGAGAAGGCGCCAAAUUGAGUGAAAAGGUUUGGACAAACUUUAGUCCAUCAGCACCCAAGGUGUGCAUCGUGCAUCCGCGGACGGUGUACAAGAGUAGCGGUGGCGAUCAAGUGGACCAGAGGGAUAUGGACCUUUUGGUUCGGUCCAUUUCCGUCGGCAACGUGCAUCGCACUAUUCCAGCCACGACGCUCUCAGCCGUAGCGGCAGCCAGUGCAUUCGUGGGCUCGGUCGUGGACGAAGCGAUCGCGCUUGGUAGACUGAUCUCAGCAAGCCCAGCACCCGCAUCGCAAGCCAAGUCGCAAGGGAAAAAGGACGUGCAGUCUGUUACUGUGGGCCAGCCGGCUGGGUUGUCCACGGCGAGCGUCACGCUCGGUAUGGCUGGCGAGCCUGUUGGCAUCGUUUACAUGCGCACGGCGAACAGGAUCAUGCAUGGCUGGGUCGAUGUCCCGCCAUCACAGUGCUUAUCAUAAUGGCAUGGAUUUACAUCCAUAGGUGGUGCAUAUCAGAUCAGAUACAUGAAACUGCCUAGAGGCUCAUUGUAUGGAUACGUCUUGCAACAGAGCGUUGAUCGGAUGCUGAGC